CGCCUUCUUCUUCUUCUUCCCUCUCCGGCCAAUGGAUGGAGAGGACGUCGGCACGAAGCAAAGCGCCCCUUUCCUCUUGACACCUCCGACUUUGUUAAUCCAUCGAGCGAGCUGUACAAGUAGAACUGGACAGCUCCGUAAUUGAAUAUGAAACCCUCUCGCUGCCUGCCUGCCGUGCUCUGUGUGGAGUGCAUGCACGCGUGGUAUGCAUGGACCCCUUCCACCCUCUCUCGAGAAAUGCCGCGCGUGCACUAGCUCUAGUCUGUAGAUAGAGACUAGAGAGAAUAGAGGCCUCGAGAGACACACAGCUAGCUAGCUGCGUCUACUCUGCCCCAUGUCGUCUGCGCCAUCCGUGCACUAGGUAGACGAAGAAGACAGAGGUGCCGAAGCAUCCAGAAGCUUCUACAACGCGAGGAGGUUGAUACGAUGGGCAACGCCUGCUUCUCCUGCUGCACCGCCUCGUCUCAGCCAGAGCUCGACGCGGCGGGGGCUCCACGGCCGCAGCACCGGAAGAGGCCGGCGACGCCCCCGAGGCCGAGCCGCAGCAGCGAGCCCAGCCCCACCGCCGCCAGGGCGAGCCCCAAGCCGCGGCCCCGGCCCCGGGCCAAGGCCAAGCCAAACCCGUACGCGCAGCGCGGGGGCGGCGGGUCGGCGCGCGUUCUGGACGGCGUGGUGCCGCACCACCCGCGGCUGCGGGUCACGGACAAGUACCACCUGGGGCGCGAGCUGGGGCGCGGCGAGUUCGGCGUCACGCGGCUGGCCACGGACCGCGGCGCGGCGCGGGAGCGGCUGGCGUGCAAGUCCAUCCCCAAGGCGCGGCUGCGCACCGCCGUGGACGUGGCCGACGUGCGCCGCGAGGUGGCCAUCAUGGCGUCGCUGCCGGACCACCCGGCGCUCGUGCGGCUGCGCGCCGCCUACGAGGACGACGAGGCCGUGCACCUGGUCAUGGAGCUCUGCGACGGCGGCGAGCUGUUCGACCGGAUCGUGGCGCGCGGGCGGUACACGGAGCGCGCCGCGGCGGCCGCGGCCAGGACGGUGGCGGAGGUGGUGCGGGCGUGCCACGCGCACGGGGUGAUGCACCGGGACCUCAAGCCGGAGAACUUCCUCUACGCCGGCAAGGAAGAGGACGCGCAGCUCAAGGCCAUCGACUUCGGCCUCUCCGUCUUCUUCCGACCAGGCGAGCGGUUCUCGGAGAUCGUGGGCAGCCCGUACUAUAUGGCCCCGGAGGUGCUCCGCCGCAGCUACGGCCCAGAGGUGGACAUCUGGAGCGCCGGCGUCAUCCUCUACAUCCUCCUCUGCGGCGUCCCUCCCUUCUGGGCCGAGACGGAGCAGGGCGUGGCACGCUCCAUCCUCCGCGGCGUGCUCAACUUCGACCGCGAGCCCUGGCCGCGGAUCUCCGAUAGCGCCAAGAGCCUCGUGCGCCAGAUGCUCGAGAUGGACCCCCGCAAGCGCCUCACCGCCCGCCAAGUCCUCGCGCACCCGUGGCUGCAGGACGCGAAGAAGGCGCCGAACGUGCCGCUGGGGGACGUGGUGCGGGCGCGGUUGAAGCAGUUCUCCGUCAUGAACCGCUUCAAGAAGAAGGCGAUGCGGGUGAUCGCGGAGCACCUGUCGGCGGAGGAGGUGGAGGUGAUCAAGGAGAUGUUCGCGCUCAUGGACACGGACAACAACGGCCGGGUCACGCUGGACGAGCUCAAGGCUGGCCUCGCCAGGGUGGGCUCCAAGCUGGCUGAGCCCGAGAUGGAGCUGCUCAUGGAGGCCGCCGACGUGGACGGCGACGGCUACCUCGACUACACCGAGUUCGUCGCCAUCACCAUCCACCUGCAGCGCCUCUCCAAUGACCAGCACCUCCGCAAGGCCUUCCUCUUCUUCGAUCGCGACAGCAGCGGCUACAUUGAGCGCCCCGAGCUCGCUGACGCCCUCGCCGACGACUCCGGCAAGGCCGACGACGCUGUCGUCGACCACGUCCUGCAGGAGGUCGACACCGACAAGGAUGGUCGGGUCAGCUUCGAGGAGUUCGUCGCGAUGAUGAAGGCCGGGACGGACUGGAGGAAAGCGUCGCGCCAGUACUCCAAGCAGCGCUUCAAGUCGCUCAGCAACAGCCUGAUCAAGGACGGCUCCAUCUCCAUGGCGCCCUGAUCAUCCAUCACACAUACAUAGAUGAUCGUUGUGAUGCUUGGUUUUUUAUGCAUACAUCAAUUGAAUUGUAUUUGAUUUAUUCCUGAUCCCUUCAUACUGUCUGAUUCAUCCGCAAAAUUAAUGCGGAAAUGUUUUUGGUCUGGCGUUGGAUCAUGCAUGUAAUUAUAUGUGCUAGAAGAGACAUCUAAAGUCCCCCAAUGAUAGAACGUGCAACAAAGGACGGGGACAG